AUGAAGACUUCGAUAGCUGCUAGUUCUCGAUGGGCCAAGGGCCGUUUCUCUCAUUUCCUUCCCUCGUCGACCAACGAAAACGAUAUAGAGGCCUCAUCCACUGAUGAAUCCUCUUUACAAGGAAAGGAACUACAUCAUAGGAAAAACCACGAGGAAGAAAAUAAUGGUACGAGGCCAAAAAAGUCUCAGAUGUCUACCUCGACUUUGCAGAUAGAGACGAGACAAGAUGAGGAUGAGGAUGAGGAUCGAAUCGUCAUCAAACCCGUUAAUGAUGAAGACGAUACCUCGGUGAUAAUAACAUUCAAUCAAUCGAUCUCUCCUUUCAUCAUCACUUUGACAUUUGUUGCCUCCAUAUCUGGGUUCAUGUUUGGUUAUGAUACAGGUUAUAUAUCGAGUGCGUUGAUUUCUAUCAAUAAAGACUUGGACAAUAAAGAGUUGACGUAUGGUGAAAGAGAAAUAAUCACAGCCGCUACUUCCUUGGGUGCUUUAAUCACAAGUAUCGGGGCAGGUACCGCGGCAGAUGUGUUUGGCAGAAGACCGUGCUUGAUGUUUUCCAAUUUAAUGUUUUUAAUCGGGGCAAUCUUACAAAUCACCGCUCAUAGAUUUUGGCAAAUGGCUGCAGGUAGGCUGGUUAUGGGGUUCGGGGUUGGUAUUGGUUCUCUAAUUUCACCCCUUUUCAUCAGUGAAAUUGCUCCCAAGAUGAUCAGAGGCCGGUUGACCGUCAUAAAUUCUCUAUGGCUGACUGGUGGUCAAUUGAUUGCCUAUGGCUGUGGUGCGGGCCUUAACCACGUCAACAACGGUUGGAGAAUUUUGGUUGGUUUAUCGUUAGUACCUACUGUUAUACAAUUUACUUUCUUUUGUUUCUUACCAGAUACUCCAAGAUAUUAUGUCAUGAAAGGUGAUUUAGAGAAGGCCAAAAUGGUCCUUAAGAGGAGUUAUGUGAAUACAGAUGAUGAUGUGAUUGACCAAAAAGUUGACGAACUGGCUAGUCUGAACCAAUCUAUACCGGGAAGAAACCCGAUAAUAAAAUUCUGGAAUAUGGUCAAGGAAUUACAUAUGGUACCUUCGAAUUUCAGAGCAUUGAUUAUCGGUUGCGGUCUACAAGCCAUUCAACAAUUUACUGGUUGGAAUUCCUUGAUGUAUUUUUCAGGCACAAUCUUUGAAACGGUAGGAUUCAAAAACUCUUCUGCUGUUUCCAUUAUUGUUUCAGGUACGAAUUUUAUUUUCACAUUAAUAGCGUUCUUCUGCAUCGAUAAAAUUGGCCGUAGAUAUAUCUUGUUGAUUGGUCUGCCGGGCAUGACAAUAGCAUUGGUCGUAUGUGCCAUCGCCUUCCAUUUCUUAGGUAUUAAGUUUAGCGGCGCUAGUGCGGUUGUGGCAUCUACAGGGUUUUCAUCCUGGGGGAUCGUCAUCAUUAUAUUUAUUAUCGUUUACGCUGCAUUCUAUGCUUUAGGUAUCGGUACCGUACCAUGGCAACAAUCCGAAUUAUUCCCACAGAAUGUGAGAGGUGUGGGGACUUCAUUUGCCACUGCUACCAACUGGGCAGGUUCUUUGGUCAUUGCAUCUACUUUCUUGACCAUGUUACAAAACAUCACACCUACGGGUACGUUUGCCUUCUUUGCCGCUGUGGCAUGCUUAUCAACAAUCUUCUGUUACUUCUGCUAUCCUGAAUUAUCAGGGUUGGAAUUAGAAGAAGUUCAAACAAUUUUGAAAGAUGGGUUUAAUAUUAAGGCUUCCAAAGCUUUGGCCAAGAAGAGAAAAAGGCAGGUGGCUCAAGGUGCUGUUCAUCACAAAUUGAAAUUCGAACCCACCCAAGAAAUCGUGGAAAGUUAA